CGUCAAUCUCUCUCUCUCUCAAACUCAGCCUCCACCCCUACAAAGUACCGCUUUCUCUACCUCACCGCCUCUACAUCUAAACCCCCCUUCCUUUUCUACUACUUUCUGAGUGCCUAUCUACAACUCUCUCUCUCUCUCUCUCUCACACACACACACACACUGAAAACAAAGUAUACCACUCUGUUACAUUGAGUGUCAAAACUGGCGAUCGAUAAUCGAGAACCCACUGUCAGUGAAAUCAAGACCAAGAACAGACGUAUAAUGGGAGCUGGAUUACCAGAUGGGGAGGACAAUAGGUGGCCUCCAUGGUUGAAGCCACUUCUGAGGGAACACUUCUUUGUUCAAUGCAAGUUACAUGCCGAUUCACAUAAGAGCGAAUGCAAUAUGUACUGUUUGGAUUGCACGAACGGCGCUCUCUGUUCUCUCUGUUUGGCCUACCACAAGGACCACCGAGCCAUUCAGAUAAGGAGGUCAUCGUACCAUGAUGUGAUUAGGGUUUCUGAGAUUCAGAAGUAUUUGGACAUCAGUUCAGUCCAGACCUACAUUAUCAACAGUGCAAAGGUUGUCUUCUUGAAUGAGAGGCCACAGCCAAGGCCCGGUAAAGGGGUCACUAAUACCUGCGAUGUCUGUGAGCGUAGCCUCCUCGACUCCUUCCAGUUCUGCUCUCUCGGUUGCAAGAUUGUUGGGACAUCAAACAAUUUCCAGAAGCAGAAGAAAGCAUUGCCGGGGAAGAAACACACGCCGACGGUGGCAUCGGACUCCGAGGACUCAUACAGCAGCAGCGGCGGCAGCCAUGGCCGGCGCAAGAGCCCCAACAGCAGUAACAGAGACUACAAAGUUCAGAGCUUCACUCCGUCAACGCCUCCCCCAACUUCGGUUAAUUACAGAACUGCCAAGCGAAGAAAGGGUAUUCCCCACAGAGCCCCAAUGGGACUAAGCAUAGAAUACUAGCAUCCCUAAACUUUACCUGAAUUCCAUAGUACCCCACUUAUAGUUAUAGAUAACUAGCUACUAGCUAUGUUUUAAACACUAGUGCUUUUACCAAAAAGGCCAGUGUUAAUAGUUUACUGUGAAUAUAUAGAUGCAGCCACUAGAUUGUGAUAAAGUAGAAGGGUAAAGGUGUAAGAAAUAAGACAAUGUGAAAGCUCUAAGAAGGGUUGGGUUAGGACAGGAAAAAUAAGCUUAUUAUUAUUUUGAAAUAUCAAAAAUAUAUCUGCCAAAAAAAAAAAGGAUUAAAAAAAAUGCCAUACUAGUUGCUUAGUGUGAUGUAAAUACAGUUUUGUGGUAUGGGGUUAGGAUGGAAUGAUAAUGUACUACUCACUUGUAGCAGUGGUUUGUGUUGAUAUAUGCAAUGAAAUUAAGUGGUUGUAUGGUUUUUGUACAGUGUGGGGGUUUGGUUUCUAUUUUUAGCAAAUUUUUUUCCAGUGGGGAUGGCCAAUGGGUCCCAAUGGUGAUGCCUUCUUAGCAUGUUGGAUCUAUCAGGAUUGAAACGUUUUGGGUGCUGAUUGGCUGGGAGAUGCAAGUUGUCUUUUGAUUCUUGGAAGCAUGAAUUGGGUCAGCCGCCUUGAGAUAUAAUUUAUAUUUUGCUUUAAAAUGUGGGGAUUGUUUUUCGGGGGUGGGAGUAAAUCUGUUAAUGGAGCACAGUUUUUUAAACCAGUUUAAAAAAAUGUUUAAGAUUUAUUUGUUUAAAAAAUGACUUAAGUUUGACUAGUUCGAUUAAU